AUGUGUCGGGCAUGGACAUGUGGAAAUACUGUUGGUGGAUUUAUAAAUGCUCGUUCGCUGGUACGAAAAGUGUUGAGCGCAGAUAAUGUCGAAGGAGGAUGGAAGGAGCGAAAGGUGAGAGAUAGCCAGUCCGUCCCGCUUACCAAUUCUAGUGCUAGUGGUGUGCUGGACUUCGGCACCCCUCUCACGUUCAAUCGGAUGUCUCAGGCCGGUCCAUUGAGACCCGUAGACGAACAAGUGAAGCUUAGUUAUAAGAUAAAGCCCUGUAUUCUCACGGGAAACUUCUCAGAAAAGCUAUCAUCGAUUCGCCUAGUCAGUAUUGAGGGGAAAGAGAAGGAAGUACACGGUAUACUCUGA